ACGAUCUCUAAACUCACAAUCACUAGACGCUACCAUCUCACCCCCAAUUCCAUCUCUCUUUUUCUAUCAAACCUGUGAGCUAUGUUCUCGGCCGUGCAACACAGGCUGAUUUUGCGUCAGAUCCUCUUCAUGCGUUGAGCCUAGGGUAGAUCUAUAGCGCUAGAAGGGAGACAACAGUGAUAAAGGGUGAUGCAGGGACGACGAAUGACAGCACCAGGCUAGGGUUUCGACCAUUAAAUUCAGAAAACAACUCCUAUGCUUCGUGCAUCAUAGAUCGGAGUAAACAGAGAGGGAUACUGAAUUGACCAGAAUGAAACAGAAAAGACCGAGAGAACUAUGAGAACAUUGCCUUUUAAUGAAGAGUGUUUGGUGGCAUGAAGCAAGAGAAAGAAGAAAACCCUAUCCCAAGCGCCCAACAAUGUCCAAGAAGCUGCAUAAAAAAACCAUCAAGGCCUAGAGAAGAAGACUAUGUAUCUUGAUGAAGAUGAUGAUUGGAGAAGAUGAAGGUGAUAGGGAGGUAUAUUUAUUAUUUUCCACACCAAUCAAUAGGUUUUGUUUCAAUUUUUUUGUAUUGAGAUUGUGAUAUAUUUCAUGUCAAAUUGGGUAAUAUGAUUCUAGGAACCAAUAUUUGUAUCAAUCUUCACAAAGAAUGUUUACCCAAUUUUGAACACAUUUCUUAAUUUUUUUCUCUAAAAUACUGAUUGUAAUUAUGGGAAUUACUUUAUUCUAAGUAGUGUUCAAUAUUUUCAUUCAUCAAGCACAGUGAGUCAUAUUCAAUUAUUUGUUCAACUCUAAGCUUAUAUUUCUCUUUUACAAAUUUUGAGAUUUCGAAAUUCAAGUUGUGUCAUUGCCUUCAUAUCUUAUAAUCCUUAAAAUUAAAAUAUAUAUAAAAUUCAUAUUGGAUAUUCUAAAGCAAUAUUCAAGUAAAAAGAAUAUAUAUUUGGUGUGCAGGAAUAUGAUGACUUUCUUUUUUUCACCACUCAGAAGAAGAAUGUGGUAAACUUUGAUUCAUGGCAACAACUAUGCAAGGCUCAACGAUUUAUCUCAUUUGGUAUUGAUCAUUCUAUGUUUAAUCUUAUGUAAACUGCUAGCCCUUUCUACUUAUAUCUUUUGUUGCUUUAGUGAGUUUAAGGUAGGGUAAGUGAAUGCAUGAUUCACUAGAGAUGGCAACCUUGGGCAAGGGCUUGGGCCAUGCUAUGUCAAUGUACCAAAGUGACUCACUAGCAGGUCUCAAAGAUCAGGGAUGGGAGAGCUUGGACCAUGCUUGUGUUGGAAGUAUAAUGAGAAAAUUAGUGAAAUCGUGCAACGGUCUCUUCAAUUUAAUUUAGCUGAUCAGAGAGCUUUAAAAGUAUAAAUUCGAUUACCAUGCUCAAUUGUCUGACCCUCAACCAAAAACAGGUCUAUUUUACUUUUGCAAGUGCACAUUGACAUAUGCUCUUGAAUGUGUGGGAUAACAGUUCUCUCACAUUCCUUCUGGACAUAUUUCUUCAUCAAAGAGAAGGAUUUGAUCGAUUCCUUCAUAUUUGAGAAUAUAUUCUAGGCGAGGACACUGAUCGGGUUCUCGACACGGAGAUAGCAACCCUCCGCAAGGCCUUAGACCAUGCUAUGUCGAUGUACCAAACUGAUUCACCAGAGGUCUCAAAGAUUUAGGGCACGAAGAACAAGCCUAUGCCAUUGAGGAAUUCAAGAAAGAGUAAUGUCAUAUGUAUAUGACAUUACUGCAUGAAAGUGAGAAUGAUGAAGCAACUUGGUGAAGUUGAUGAUGAUGGUGAGGACGAGCAUGAACGUGCAAAGCUGGUGUCUCUCAGCAUUCUGAGCCUCAAGGAAGCAGAGUGACAGCUUUCAAAGAAAGCGAUACAGAAGAAGGAAGUUGCAGAACUGGAAGCAAUUUUGGUUGAUUUUGGUGUUGCUUGCCGACUUCCGGUGUGCCUUACCAUCAUCUGACGUUAGCCUUUUGCCUUUUGGCAAGGGUGUUUGUUAGUUUAUGCACACCCUCAACAGAAUUUUGUAUCUCUUCUUGGCAAAUUGUAAUGACCCAUACCACUAACGGAUUGAAAUACCAUUUAAAUUUUUUUUGGGUGAAGUUGAUCAUUUAUAAUUGUCCAUCUUAAUUUAAAAUAUUUAUUUACGAAGUAAGUUUAUGUGAUCGAGUUUAAAAUUUUGAUCGUGCAUCGCACGGGUAAAAGAGAUUAUAAGAUAUUAAGAUUGAAAAAUUGAGAGAUUAAUAAGAAUUAAGAAAUUGAGAGAAAGAGAUGGAUUGAGUAUUUGAGAAUUGAGAUUUUGAGUUUGAGUGUGAUAUUUUAUGAAAAAAAAGAGGUUACCGUUUGCAGGAGCAAAAAAAAAAAAUUACAAACCGGCACCGGCACCGGUGCCGGUGACGAAAAUUGGGAACCGGAGACGGUACUGGUACCGGUUCCAGGAACCGGUUGGUCAUCUCCGGUGUCGGUAACGGUACUCGGUACCGGCGGUACCGUGUCCAGGCCUAAUUGGGAAGAUUGUUAAAGAGACUAUUGAAGGAAAUAAACUCUAUCAGGCAAGUGGGCAUUUAUUGCUGGCGUAGCUGAUGAUAAUGGCUAUGGAUGGGCAAUAGCAAAGUCUCUUGCAGCUGCAGGUGCUGAAAUUCUCGUUGGCUCUAAAUAUUUUUGAGAGCAGUCUGCGACGCGGAAAAUUUGAUGAAUCAAGAGUCUUGCCAGAUAGCUCAUUGAUGGAAAUAAAAAAAGUAUACCCACUAGAUGCUGUUUAUGACAACCCUGAUGAUGUUCCUGAAGAUGUCAAAUCCAACAAGCGUUAUGCAGGGUCGGCAAAUUGGACUGUUAAGGAAGUUGCAGAAUGUGUGAAACGGGAUUUUGGUACUAUUGACAUUCUUGUGCAUUCCCUUGCUAAUGGUCCAGAGGUUACCAAACCACUACUUGAAACAUCAAGAUAUGGAUACCUUGCAGCGUUGUCUGCAUCAAGUUAUUCAUACAUUUCUUUACUGAAGCAUUUUGUUCCCAUUAUAAAUCCAGGCGGUGCUUCUAUCUCUUUAACGUACAUUGCUUCAGAAAGGAUAAUUCCUGGAUAUGGUGGUGGCAUGAGCUCAGCAAAAGCUGCUUUAGAGAGUGACACCAGAGUAUUGGCAUUCGAGGCGGGAAGGAAGCACAAGGUCAGAGUCAACACAAUUUCUGCAGGUCCACUGAGAAGCCGUGCUGCUAAAGCUAUUGGAUUUAUCGACAUGAUGAUUGAUUACUCUUCGCAGAAUGCUCCCUUGCAAAAGGAGUUGUCCGCAGAGGAAGUUGGGAAUGUAGUGGCUUUCCUGGCAUCGCCGUUGGCUUCAGCCAUAACAGGGUCGGUUGUGUAUGUCGAUAAUGGGCUUAAUGCGAUGGGAGUUGGUGUCGACAGCCCAGUCUUUAAGGAUCUUGACAUCCCAAAGGACCAGAAGAACUAUGAGACUGCUAAACUACAAGCCGCUGCUUCUCCAUGAAUUCCAUUUCUCAAUUUUGAUGCCCAAAAUAAAUCUUAUAUCCAAUUCAUAUCUAGAAAGUUCCACGAAGGCCCAAAAUAGCUUUGAUAAAGAUUAAAGCCCAAU